CGCCCACAACGUUCCGGGCUUCCGUUUCCGCUUUCCGGGUAGCAGCUCGUGCUGCUUUCCACUUUCUCCAGAAGAAACAACGGCCUUGUCUGUGCCUGUGGAGGGGAAUGCAGUGAGUUGACAGUAGUCUAAGUGAACUAAGUAGUCCCUCACGGACAGCACAGAUAACGUUUCGAUCAACUGCUUUAUCAUUUAGAUUCGGCGGCGAUGCCAUCCAGCCUGAGCUCGGGCAGCCCCGCCGCGGGCCUGAACGAGGUGCUGGAGAACACGGGCCGGCUCGUCGACAGGCACCUGCAGGACGACCGCUGCUUCCCCGACCUGUCGGAGCUGCUCAACGUGCCCGCGCACAACAUGCCGUCCAUCUCGGGGGUGUCGGACAUGGACUACCCCCUGCAGGGCCCCGGGCUGCUGUCCGUCCCCAGCCUGGCAGAGCUGAGCUCGGUGCGCCGGGUGCCGCUGCCCCCCGAGCUGGUGGAGCAGUUCAGCCAUAUGCAGUGCAACUGCAUGAUGGGAGUUUUCCCCGAGAUCAGCCGGGCGUGGCUGACCAUCGACAACGACAUCUUCAUGUGGAAUUACGAGGACGGGGGGGACGUGGCCUACUUCGACGGGCUCAGUGAAACUAUCCUGUCUGUUGGGCUGGUGAAACCAAAGGCGGGGAUCUUCCAGCCGCACAUCCACUUCCUGCUGGUCCUGGCCACCCCCGUGGACGUGGUGAUCCUGGGGCUCAGCUUCUCCAAGGCACAGACAGGGCUGAACGACAGCCUGUCGGGGGCCAUGCAGCUCCUGCCGGACCCGCUGUACUCCAUCCCCACGGACAACACCUACCUGCUGGCCGUGGCCUCCACCGAGCUGGGCCGCAUCUUCCUGGCGGGCAAGGACGGCUGCCUGUACGAGAUCGCCUACCAGGCCGAGGCCGGCUGGUUCAGCCAGCGCUGCCGCAAGAUCAACCACUCCAAGAGCAGCCUGUCCUUCCUGGUGCCGUCCGUGCUGCAGUUCUCCUUCUCCGAGGACGACCCCGUCGUCCAGAUCGCCAUCGACAACUCCCGGAACAUCCUCUACACGCGCUCAGAAAAUGGCGUUCUGCAGGUGUAUGACCUGGGAGUGGACGGCACUGGGAUGAGUCGGGUGGCGGCCAUGUCGCUGAAUUCCAUCGUUGCCGCGGCCGGAAACAUCGCCAGGACCAUCGACCGCUCCGUGUUCAGGCCCAUCGUGCAGAUCGCCGUGAUCGACCUGUCAGAGUCCUCCGACUGCCAGCUGCUGGCCAUCACGCACGCAGGGGUUCGCCUGUACUUCAGCACCAUCCCCUUCCCUGUCCCGAACGCCAAACAUGCCAUGGCCCGGCCCAGCCUGCUGGCCCUGGUGCACGUUCGCCUGCCGCCCGGCUUCUCCGCCUCCUCCACCAUGCAGAAGCCCGCCAAGAUCCACAAGGCCUUGUACAGCAAAGGAGUUUUGCUGAUGGCAGCUUCCGAAACGGAGGACAGUGACGUUCUGUGGUGCAUCAACCACGACUCCUUUCCCUUUAAGAAACCCCUCAUGGAGGCUCAGAUGACAAUGAACAUAGACGGCCACUCCUGGUGUCUGUGCGCUAUUGAGGAGGAGAAAGCAUCCAAAAUCUCCACCCCCCUCAACAAGGACCUUAUUCCCCUCACGGACUCCCCCGUGGUCGUCCAGCAGCACAACGUCCCGCCACAGAAGUUUGUCCUCCUCUCUGCUAAGGGGAGUCACAUCUUUCACAAGCUGCGGCCGGUGGACCAGCUGCGCCACCUGCUGGUCAGCAGCGCCAGCGGGGAGGGCGAAGAGAUCGAGCGAUUCUUCAAAUUGCACCGGGAGGACCAGGCCUGUGCCACGGCGCUGAUCCUGGCCUGCUCCAGCGCCGCCAGCGACAGGGAGGUGUCCAUUUGGGCCACCCGGGCCUUCUUCAGGUAUGGCGGAGAGGCACAGAUGCGCUUCCCCUCGGCCCUGUCGGCUCCCAGCAAUUUGGGGCCCCUCCUGGGCUCCCCUGUCCCAGGAUCCCCGAUGCCUGUAGGUAGUCCCCUUCCUAACGCCAGUUUCCUAGCCACGCCCAUGCCAGGAGUGAUGCCUCCCAGCGUGUCCACGCCCUUCCUCCCUCCCUCUGCGCUGCCCCCUGGUGGCGGUCCAAUGGCGGUGUCCUCGGGCCCGGAGGUGGUGUUCUCUGGCAAGCACAACAGCAUCUGCAUCUACUUCACACGCAUCCUGGGGAACAUUCUGGAUGGGAGUCUGGCUGUGGAGAAGGCUGUCAGUAAAGGAAAUCAGGUUGUCAGCGUGAUGGAGAGCACGGUCAGCUCGGCUGACCUGCAGGAGGUGCUGUUGGAGCUGCGGGGGCUGAAGGACUUCCUGGAUAAGAACUCCCAGUUCAGCCCCUCCUCCCUGGGCUCUGCCAGCUUCAGCUCACCGGGCAACCUGCAGCAGAGGCUUCUGGGAUUCAUGCGCCCGGAGAGGGGCGGCUCCCAGCAGGUCCAGCAAGAGCUGCAGAGGAAGUACCACACUGAGGCUCAGGCGUAUGAGAAGGUCUCUCUGCAGGGGAUCCAGCAGCUGGUGCAUCGGUCCUGCCAGACCCUGGCCCUGUGGAAGCUGCUCUGUGAUCAUCAGUUCAGCCUGAUUCUGGCUGAGCUGCCAAAGGAGUUCCAGGAGCAGGUGAAGGGCAGCAGCUUUAAGGACGUGGUGAUCCACGGGCGGGAGCUGACCGGGGCGCUCAUCACGGCGCUCAUCAACGUCUACAUCAAGGACAGCGCCUCGGUGGACGCCAUCAGCGGGCACCUGCGCGAGAUCUGCCCCGUGCUGUACAGCAGCGAGGACAGCGUCUGCUCCAAGGCUAACGAGCUGCUGCAGAGCUCCAGGCAGCUGCAGCACAAAGUGGAGCGGGAGCGCACGCUCAGAGAGUCCCUGCGCCUCUAUCAGCAGAUCAGCCACCACACCGACCUGCCGCUGGUCUGCGCGCAGUACCGCCAAGUGCGGUUCUAUGAGGGCGUGGUGGAGCUCUGUCUGAUGGCCGCUGAUAAGAAGGACCCUCAGGGACUGGGGCUGCACUUCUACAAGAACGGGGAGCCUGAGGAGGAUGUGCCAGGACAGCAGUCCUUCCAGGAGAGGCUGUCCAGCUAUAAGUGCAUCACAGACACCAUGCAGGAGCUGGUGAACCAGAGCAAGGCUGCGCCUCAAUCUCCCAGCGUCCCCAAGCAGCCAGGGCCGCCCGUCCUGACCUCUGACCCCAACAUGCUGAGCAAUGAGGAUGCUGCUGCCCACUUUGAGCAGGUGAUCAGCCUGGCACAGAGGUCUCAGGACGAGCUCUUCCACAUAGCUCUGUGCAACUGGCUCAUCCAGGCCGACCUCACCGACAAGCUGCUGGAGGUAAAUUCUCUGUUCCUGGAGGAGCACCUGAUGCACAUGAUCAAGCAGAACCAGAACAAAGUGCGCAACAUGGACCUGCUGUGGCGCUACUACGAGAAGAACCGCAGCUUCAGCAAAGCAGCGCACGUCUUAGCGCGGCUAGCGGAUAUGCACAGCACGGAGAUCUCCCUGAAGCAGCGGCUGGAGUACAUUUCCCGGGCCAUUCUGUCAGCCAAGAGCUCCUCCUGCACCUCCGCCCAGGGGCCCGACGGGGAGUUCCUGCACGAGCUGGAGGAGAAGAUGGAGGUGGUGCGGAUCCAGAUGCAGAUACAGGACACGCUGAGCCGGCAGUACUCCUAUCAUCCCUCCGUGCAGACGGCCAUUUCCCAGCUGGACUCUGAGCUCAUGGACAUCACCAAGCUUUAUGGCGAGUUUGCGGAUCACUUCAGGCUGUCGGAGAGCAAGCUGGCCAUCAUCCACUGCGCCGGGCACUCCGACCCCAUCCUGGUGCACGCGCUCUGGCAGGAGAUCAUGGAGAAAGAGCUGAGUGACAGUGUAGCGAUGAGCCCGGCUGACCGCAUGCGGGCGCUGAGCCUGAAGCUGGUGUCCCUGGGGAAGAUCUACGCUGGCACACCGCGCUACUUCCCCCUGGAGUUCCUGGUGAAGUUCCUGGAGCAGGAGGUGUGCCGUCUCAACUGGGACGUGGGCUUCGUCACCUACACCAUGCAGGAGAUCGGGGUGCAGCUGCCCGGCCUGCUGGAAGUGUACGACCAGCUCUUCAAGACGCGGGAUCCGUGCUGGCAGCGCCUGAAGAAGCCCCUUCACCUGGUGGAGUGCAUCCAUGUGCUGCUCUCGGGGUACGUGGAGGACCCCAGCCGCGUGCCCAGCUACGACAGGCGAAGGUUCACCAACGUGUGCCUGGACAACAUCUGCGGCUACCUGGUGGAGCUGCAGUCCCUGAGCCCCAGCGCCUCCCUGCAGCACAUCAUCAACAACUUCAAGUCCCUGCAGGCCAAGCUGGAGAAGGUGCACUGAGGCUGACGGCCGUGUGACAGGGGAGGCCUCGUUUCGGAAGUCUCCUUUGAAGAUUCCUCACUAGCCAAGCACAUACGAGAGGCCUCGUGUCCAGCUAGCCUGCACGUACGCUAGCACUCACAAUUGCCCUUUAUGACGCAUCAGCGUUAGCCGGGCUAGCACGUCCUUGUUUAUAGAUUGGGUUACUAAUGGGUGCUUUUCUGGUGCAUGCUGCUGAACUGUCUCUAUGUUGACUGGCAGGAGGACGUGGCACUGCCCUACUUAAUGUCCCGUUUGUGUUUCUCAUGAAAUGUAUAAAGAACAUGCAGAUUUGUACGAGACUUGAAACUCGAUAGGCCUUUUAUGUUUUUAACGUACACCUGAUUUUGAGUGUGUACCCAACACUGAACAACCGUGCAGACUCAACUACCACCUCAAAAAUAUGUGAUUCAGUCUACUACUUGCUGUGCUUGGAAAACCAUUUUGUUGUAACAGGUAAAAAAAUAACCAGGAGAGAAAGCAGAAGAGCGUUUUUGUCAGGGUCAAGUAAAAGCCCUGGUGAAUGAUUUUAUAAAAAGCAUGCCUAUCCCAAAGCAUCAGCAUUCUUUAUGUAUUUAAUUUUUGUUUGCAUGGACAUACGCCACUGGUAGGUUUAAAGGGCUAUCGUUAGUAUAUUCUCAGUUUGCCUCCUCAAGGGUUAAAAUAUGUAAAUUAUUUUUAUAUAUGCAAAGAUUAAGAAAAAAAAACGAAGCUCAAUUUGACAUGAACUGAAGUAGUGUCAGGAUACUCUUUGUGGAAGAACACAGGGCUGGGGCCUAGGUCAUUCAUAACGUACCUGCAUUGGCACAAUGCUCUCCAGGAGCUUUGCUUUGUCUCAGCUGUGGUCCUGCUGUCUCCAGUCCAGUGGACCUUCGUGUUAACGGGAACUAGCAGCUCGUUUGACGUUUCUCCAUUGGUCAGAGAGCAAGCGUGUGCUCUGGAGAAGCACCCAGUCCUCCGUGAUGUUAAGGCUUCAGUGUACCACUGAAUCUGAAGAGUCUCGGUCUUUGUUGAUAGUUUUUUGAAUCAGCGGCACUUUCAAUUCUUGAUAGAAGUGUGCUGCAUUCCACCUCCAUCUUGUCUUAUCUUGAGUUCUUUUUUGGCGUUUCAUUCUAAGCCAGGAAUUUACUUGUUAAAUUAAGAAUUUAAAUUUACUUGGAUUAAAAUGCGUUCCUCGCUUAACUGAAUAGUGUUUGGCCAUCGCCAAAUGUAGUAUUCGGUCAAGUGGUAAAUGAAUAAAGGUUAUCUGCUUUACAUAAACCUUUUUUUCAGUUUUGUAUUGUAUUCUUGUAUUUUUUAUAUAGAUUAUUUGUAGAAAAUCUGAAUAAUAAAAAACAUAAAUCUACAAA